AUGAUUAAUUUUACAUUGCUUUCCAUCAGAAUAUUUGGAAAGAGAAAUUUAACACGAAUUUCUUUGACUGGAGUCGCUGAUGCAUUGAAUAAUAACCAUGAUGCGGAGUCUAAAGGAGUCAAAGCACAUUUCCGGAUGGAUGAAAGUGGACUGUUAUAUUUAGACAAGGUUGAGUCUGUUUUCGAGAGAUUGCCACCAGAGAAUGAAACUGAAUCCGAGCCAGAAAAAGAACAAUCAACUUUUCAGAAGCUUGGAAGUACCAUCAGUAGCUUCUUUUCAGGCUCCAAGAAAGAGGAUACUGAGGCACCUGUAGAGGAGGAAGAAGAAGAGGAUGAGAAACCAAAACCACAAGAGGAGGAAGAGAAAGAAGAGGCUGCAGAUGAAAAGGUUGCUAAGGAAGAUGAGAAAAAGUCAGAAGAUGAAAAAGAAAGUGAAAAUGAACCUAAAGAGGAAGAAAAAUCAGAUGAUGAGAAAGAUGAAACUAAGGAGAACGAAACAAAGGAGGACGAAACUAAAGAAGAUGAGAAGAAAGAUCAGGAAAAGGAAGAUGACAAAACUGAGGAAAAAGAACCAGACACAAAAAGUGAGAAAGAAGAGAAACCUGAGGAAAAGGAAGCAAAAAAGAAGCCCCCUAAGCCAGUGACAUUAAAAGAAGAAAUCAAGAUGGAAGUGUCGUUACUUGAUUUACCAAAUCCCUCUAAAGAAUCUCGGAAACUCUCUGUUGGCAAACUUGAGGAACUAAAAAAAAAAGAUGAAGAAAAGGCUGAGAAAGAAAAAGCAAUGAAUUCUUUAGAAUCGUUUAUUUUUGAAACUCAAGACAAAUUAAGUCAAAGUGAAUAUGAGAAGGCGUCCACGGAAGAAGAGAGAACUGAGUUAUCUGGAAAACUAAGCGAAGCUUCUGAUUGGCUGUAUGAGGAUGGCUAUGAUGCAGAUGCAAAGGUUUUUAAAGAGAAAUAUAAAGAAUUGAAAAAGCUUUUUAAAGAGUUGUUUUUCCGGGUGAAAGAACAUCAAGAAAGACCUCAGCUAAUAAAACGUCUUAAGGAAUCUCUUAAUGCUUCAACACAUUUCAUCAAAGUAGCCAAAAAUCUAACAUCAUCCGGACUGGAUGACACAUUCACGGAAGUAGAAAUGGAAACACUUGAAAAACUUAUCAAUGAAACGGAAGAAUGGAAGACCACAAAAGUAGCAGAGCAAAAAAAUACUCCAAAAUCUGAAAAACCAACACUUCUCACAGAAGACAUCAAAGAAAAGAUAAGUGCACUGGACAGAGAGGUUAUGUAUCUACUUAACAAAGCAAAAAGAGAAAAACCAAAGAAAGAUAAAGAAAGGGCCAAGAAAGAAAAAGAAAGACUUAAAGCUGAGAAUGAAACUAAAACAGAAGAAGAGAUUAAAAUAGAAACGGGCGCUGAAAAAUCAGAAGAUGAAGAUGCACAAGUAGUAGAUGAAGGAGAAGAAGGUGUGUGGCCGAUAGAUGCACCAGAUCCGAGAGACGAACAAAAUGUUGACGGUGACAAGGAAACCAUAGAAACCCAGGAGGAACUUCCAGAGACAAAUGAGACUGUUGAAAAUGAGAAGGAAGAAGAGGAAAUUUUACAAAUUGACUCACCAAAUGAAACAG